UAAUUUAAACCUGUUAAUAUUUAUUAAAGAAAAUGAAUUCACCAUUCCGAAAUAUUUGUACAUUAUUUCUUCUACAUUAUAAUUAUCUUAAAAUAUAUUAAAAAAAUACAUUUCUUUUAUACUUAUAAAAAGUAUCAUAUACACAAAUAUGCAUAUCUUUAAAGAUACCAAAAUUCAUGAAGAAGGGAAGGAUAUUAUACAAUCUCUAAAAAAUCGAAAAUGUAAAGAAGUCUAUGCGCAACUUAAGGACUACUUAUUGCAGUCAUCAGAGUCAUCCAAUGACACCACCUUGAAAUACUACGGUCAUUUUGUUGUCUCUGUCCUUCGUACGUCAGUGACCAGCAUCAAAGAAGAUGGCCCUCAGCUUACCUUGUUGUCUAUUGUGGAUCUCAGCUAUAAUUACUUCAAGAAGCUUCAGAAACAUAUCAAACUCACUGAUCCCUGUUUCAUCUCUAAAAUAUUCCAUGUGGUUCUGGCAUGUAUUACAAAAGUGGUUGAUUAUGUUGACUAUGUCUUAAAAUUCUCAGAAUUAUUCUACACUGAGUUGAUUGAAUUAAAAUCUACCAACCAGGAUGUGUCUACUUUAAUUAAAUCUCCCUAUCUACUGAAUUUUGCUGUCAAGCUUGAAAUGCAGAAGGAGUUUACAAAUUUUCAAUUGACACUCAGAAUCCGACAUAUGGCAUUGAAAUUAUUAACUUUGAAUAAUCAGAACAUUUCUUUAUUAGUUUCGGAGUUAGGUCGAACUUUUGAAAGAUAUCGUAAGCAAAACAAUGGGAAUAGUACUGACAUUAUAAACUGCGAAUCUGCAGAAAUUUGGGACAGUAUUCUAAAGUGUGUUCAUUCAUCAUUGCUCUCUGAACAAGCACCAAACAAAUUUUUAACUGAUGUUCUAGAAUUACACAUACACCAUGCACGUUUUAUCUAUUUUUAUGGUAAACACUACCACAAUUCUAAGGCUAAUUUUAGGAAAAUUCAAUCAUUUCUUCAACAAUACACAAAGAAAGGUGAUAACUUAUUAAAAGGUUUAACUUGUUUAUGUGAUGCCAUCUUGUUAUUACAACAAAAUGGGACAAAGGACUUUGAUAUUAACUUCUUAUUUAACUGCAUUGAAAAUGUAAACAGUAAACUUAAAGGUGUAACCAUUGAGACCAAUUUCAAUUCAAACUUAAGUAAUUUAAUUAUUGAUGCCUAUGGAAUAUUUAUUGAUUGCUUCUCUCAGUGGGAGCCUUUUAAGACUGGUCAGCUUGAGAAAAAUAUGUUUCUCACAGUAGUAGAAUUACUGGAUAUGAGUGUUUCUGUACUUCACAGAAGGCCUGAUGAGGCUGAGAAUAAUAAUGCAAACCGGACAGGAAAAUAUAAUGUGUUCCUACGUAAUACAUAUGUUGUCUACAUGGAGGUUUUGUAUAGCCUCAUAAAAACAGAUGAUGCUGAAGAGUGGUUGCAUGAAGCAGAAAGGGUUGCCAGAAUAUACUUUUCUGAAGUAACACAUUUGUAUGAUGUUACAAAAAAGAUUCUAGAGAAGCAUCUUAUCUUUAUAGGACAAUGGUUGAGAAAUUUUGGCCGUUUUUGUUACAUUAAUGGUUAUAACGAGCCUGGAAUAGGCUUCUAUGAGCUAUCAAUUGAGCUGUUGAGUAUUCAGGAGACUUAUGGAGAGAAUGUUGAGCAGAGCUAUAUAAAGACCUAUGAGUAUCUUGCUGAAUUCUGCAAAAGAUGUGGAAACUGGGAAAAAGCAUUAAAAACUGUCAUAAGUUGUUUAUGUAUCAACACAGAUGCAGCGAUGGUUGCAGCUUUGAAAAUGUGGAUACGCAUAAAAAAAGAAUAUAAUAAAGACUCAGACCUAACUAAUAAAACUUUGAAGACAUAUGUUGAAGAAAAUGUUGGAGCAUCAGACAAAACCAAAAUAAAUUUGAAUCAACUUCUAGAAAAAGAAUGGCAGAUGUAUCAAUCUUCCAGUAAUUUCAGGAAAAGCCAGAGAGAUCUUGCCAUUUCUAUGUUAGCUGAACUUUCAAAAUCUGCUGCUACAACAUAUCAGAAAUGCUUUUAUCUCUAUGAACUUGCCCAACUUUUGUGGCUGAAUACUCAAAAAGAUGGAAAAUGCGGUAAAGAUUACCUUCUUGAAGCUAUUGAAUUGAUGACGCCACUGUUUCCAUCUGCUUCCUCAAAGGAGAAAAUUCUGUUUGGUCAAGCUAAUCUUUUACUUUAUAUAUUUGAACAUGAAGACUUCUGCCAAAAGUGUGCUAAAGGUUUCAAAUCUGAUGAUGAAAAUAUUGAAGUGGACAAGGUUUCAGAAGAGAAUCAAUUUCAGCUUAGUCUAAAGAGGGAAUUUGAUCUAAUGGAGAAACUGGAAUUAUUUUUGGAAAUAUUUGAGAAAUUAUUUGGUGAUAAGAAGACAUUUGAUGACAUGCCAGCUAUACAAAUUACACAAAUUCUACAAACUCUUCUUCUUGCCAAUUCUAUUUACACCUUAACUCUCAAGCCCCUGCAUUCACUUCGUAUAUUGACAGUUGCUCUGCAAGUAGUUAAUUUAUCAGCUAAUGUAUCUGUUGAACUGCGCCAUAAAAUCAUCUUGCAUUUUUGUAGUACUCUUUCUUCUUUUGGUGCUGUGGAAGAAGCAUGGUCUAUAUUAAAUGCUAUGUCUGAUUCUGCAUCAGAUGCCAGUACAACUGCUAAUAUCAACAGUGAGGAUUCUGAAACUAUGAGUUCACUUUUAAAGAUGCUUACUCAUGUAGAAUUAUUUUUGAAACAAAAGCAGUUUACCAAGGGUAUUGAACUAAAUCAAAAGGUUGCAUCUCAUGAAAUCUUCCAAACAAACAAAACCAAACUUGCUUGUGCCAUUCUAGGAUUUUCUAAACGUCUUUCGUCAAAGCUGAAACUUGUUCCUGCUACAAAUAGUGAUUGCUCUGAUAACAGCUAUUCCUAUGAUGAGUCACCACUAGAAUUUGCUUAUGAAUCUGUGAGAAUGUAUUCAACUAUAGUGCAGUACCUUAAUAAACCAAAUAACUUUGAUUCAUAUACCUGUACUCCAUUUGCUGAUAUAGGCUGUAGUUGGGCUGGAAGCUUUGAUGCCCUUGAAAAGUGGGAACUUGUUUCAAAUCUGUUGGAAUCUCUUCUUCAUUUAAGUCUAAUUUACUGUUAUGUUGGUGAUGAGAGAGAAGCUAAGUGUUUCAUCAAAGAAGGAAUAAAACUGUCUUAUAUUCUGGCAUUACCAAGAUGGAAUGCAACAUUUCAGAUACUGUUGGCUCGUAUCAACUUACUUUCUAAUAAGAUAGAAAGUGCUGCAAAAGCUAUGAAAGAGGCCAAGAACAUUCUUCUAACUCAAGAAAAUGUGGUCAGCAGAAAAAUUAAUCAAGAAAAUAUGAAGAAUCUUAUAGGAAAUACGUCACCACAUAGUAUUAAUGUUUCUACUCCAGAAAUGUUCAAAAUGGAUGAUCAGUUGACUACUAAAUUCCGGUGGUCAGGUGAGUUAAGUGAUGAAGAGACUAUUAUGAGAAAGGAUAAUACUUGUAUUUAUGAAUCAACACCUUUAAAAGUUACUGACACUACUAAUGUAAGCUCUCAGUUCUCUGUUGAUAUUCCUGUCCUUGAUAAUGAAGACCAUAAGCUUAAAUGUGGUUGUCAUUGUUGUUCUGAUGUGGUUUCACAGGACCUGUUUUUGAAGUAUUUAGUCACUCAAGCUGAACUUGAACAACUUACUGGCAAUGAUAUUCUAACUGAAAACAUUUUGACAAUUGCUGAAGAUCAAUAUUUAAAAUCAUGUAAACAUAUCAAAACUAACCUUGAAGGUUUGCUUCAAGGAAAAUCACUUAGCUGUCUUCUAAAUCAGAUGUGUUCUGAAAAUUUUAAAGUUACUCCUGAAAAUAGCUUAUAUAUAAACAAUUGUUUGUUUACUCUAAGUAGAUCCUAUCUUAUGAGAUGCCAUCUGGCAGAAAAUUGUAGUCAAUUUCAGCUUUGCUAUGAGUAUGCAAAAAAGGGAUUACUGUUAUUUCAGAGCAAUCAUUUAGAUUUUAGUAAUCCCGAAGUUCUUUAUCUUCAUACUGGUUUGACUGUAUGUUUGUCAAAUGCUCUGAGGUACAUUUCUGAUUUUUCAGAUAUUGAGGAAAUUAUUUCACCUGAUCCAAAUUUAGAUGUAAUGACUUUGAAAUUAUCAAAUAUGUCACUACAAUCUGAAACUGUGUCUUCCGGAACAAUAAAGACUAAUAUUGAUAAAUGUGUACAAGACAUGGAAACAUUAUCAAUUAUUGACAAAGCAGAUAAUAAAACCAGAAGAAAUGCUAAAAAGUCAGUGUGUAAAUCAAGUAAAGAAAGAAUGAAAUCACAAUCCAAAAAUGAUAAUCAAAAUGGAGAAUAUCCAACCACUGUUUUGAACAAGGAAACAUGUAUAUCAGUUGACUCCUACAAAUGGCAAAGUGCUCAGGAAAAGUUUAAAGAUUGUAUGGAUCGAAAGACAAAAUUGUCUGCUUCAGAGAUAUUUAAAGACAUUACAGCUGAACAUUUACCCAGUGUAUAUGAUGAUGAUGUCAUUUCUGAGAGUGAAACUGGUGAAAAAUCAGUUGCUCUUGAUGUGGAUAAUGAUUUGUGUGAAAGGGUUGUGCUAAGUAAGAAAUUAAAGACCAACAAAAAUAUUCCAAAAGUUUGUCCAACAAAGACCAAAUGUUCAUCUAAAUGUGAAACAGAUAAUUUUCUUGCUAGAUGUAUACAAACAAUACCUGCUUCAAGUGUGUGUGAUUUACUUCCUCUCCCAGAGAAUGAGUCUCUUGAAAAAGACCAAAUACCUUCCAAAUUGAGAGACAAGAAAAGACAGCCUAAAGUUAAAACACAACCUCUUUAUGAUAGUAAAGUACCACAGAAGUUAGAAGCUCCCAAAUCUCUACCUUUAGAAGUUUCAACUAUAAAAGUAAACAAAAGAAGUAGUCGACAGACAAAAUCUUCUGCAAGACCUAAGUCUGCAGUUUCCAAUCAAAUUAUUAAUUCUGAACUGUUACCUGAAUCACACUGUGACUUUGAAUCCUGUCAAGAUUCUGAGCCAACAAGUAAACAGGAUUCUCCACUUAAAAAGUUUCACAAGACUCUGAAAUCAAGACCUAAAAAACUGCUAGAUGAUCAAAGUGUUAAAUCUAAAAUUUCUUCUGAAUCCCAAAAUAAGGAAGAAUGUAAAGUUAAAAAGACUUCCAGUCAGAAGUCUAAAAUUCCAUCAAAAAUAAUAAAGCCAUUAUACAAAGUGGAAAAUAAUGUGAAAAUCACCAAGACCACAGCCAAGUGUAAGAGUAAUCCAAUCAUAGAAAAUCUAAAAAGUAAAGAAGAAUUUGAAAACAAUAUCUAUAACUUUGAUGAGAAGAGUGAUAGUGAAUCUGGUGAAAAGAAAGUGAUCAAAAGGAGAGGCCGACCCCCAAAGAAAGCUGUUGGGUGGCAGUCAAGGUUGGCUGAGGCUUCAAAUGUCAUUGCAAGAGAACACCGCCGUAGUGAAGGGACAAAUAUAUCAAUUGAUAAAAUAUUUUCUAUGUCUCCAGAGCGUCUCUCAGUUGUCAAAUGUGACAAUAUUUGGCAAUCACCACCAUCGCCUUCGUUUGAACAACAUAACACUUCCUUUUCUUCUGAUAUCGACUCACUUUACCAUCCUGCUUGGAAGAAUGCUGUAGAUACCGAUGAUGAUGAUCCUAGUUUGUUAGGUGCUACAUCUUUUGGUAAUCUGUCUGUAAGUUCAUCUGAAUUAGUACGAGCUGCAGAAGAUAGUGACAGUUCUUUUGAAUGUAAAAGGAAACCUACUUUGAAUAGAGAGAAGUUAUCUAGAAAAUAUAAAAUGCUUUCUGAUUCUGAAAAGCCAAACUCUGAAUAUUUACAGAAGAAUAUAUUGGAAAAUGCUUACAUGCAGACAUCUCACUUUCCUCUAUGUUCAUUACAUAGCUGUAUAUGCAAAAGUUUGGCUGUUAAGUAUCUUCCAGAAAAUCCCACAAUGGCAGCUUUCUAUCUGAAUGAAAGCCAAGCAGUGACACUUCGUCACAACUUAGCUAUUCAUUUAAACAGAAAAAUUAGGAGAUUGUUGAAAGAUCCAAACAGCAGUGGAGAUGUAAAGAAACAAUCUGAUCCCUCUGACCAAAACACACUUGUAGAUAAUUUACGAAAGGCUAAAACAGCAUUGAAGUUUGGGCAGAAAAAGGAUAUUAUCCCAUCUUUAAUUGAAGCUAUCCAUCCAGAUCUAACAGUUUGUCAAGUGUCUGUGAUUCAUCCACAUCAUGAUGUCCCAUAUCUUAUUGUUACCCGCUAUCGAAACAGCUCUGUUCCAACAGUAAUUUCUCUGUCAGGUUAUGGCACUACGCAGGGAAAGAUGGUGUCUAAAACAUUCAACUUCAUCCAGCGGGGUAAUCGAAACAGCUUCUAUGUGCUGGAUAAAAAACAUUGGUGGAAUACCCGACGUAAACUUGACAAAAAUAUGGAGUCUGUAGUUAAUAAGAUGGAAAACCUUUGGCUGCACUCUUGGAAAGGUAUUCUGCUUGGCCAGUUGACUAAUGAAGAAGAUCAGAAUAAAUUGAAAAUGCUCGCUGUCAAUGUUCAGAAAACCAUUCAAACGGAGUGUCAGAAAACUCUGAGUCUUGAAUGCAUUGAGAUUUUAAUUGAUUCCAGUGAACUUUUAUCUGAUGAAUGUUUGGAAUCUGCUGUCAUAGACAUUACUGGUUUGCAGAAUCAAGACAGUAGAUUGCAGAGUAUCAAAUCCCUAAUACUACGUCAUUGCAAAAACCUUAAUUCUUCUGUUGCUGAAAGACAUCCUAUUACAUUAAUUCUUGACAAGGAAAUUCAACAUCUUCCAUGGGAAAACAUGCCCAUUUUACGAAAGCAGGCUGUUACACGAAUACCAUCUUUAUAUUACCUUAAGAUUCAAAAGAAAUUUCUGCAUAACCAAGGUUCUAUCCUCACUGAUGGUAUUGAUAGAACAAAUGCCUACUAUGUACUUAACCCUGAUGCAAACUUGCAGCAUACACAGGAAACUUUUAAAGAUUGGUUUCAAAGCAUUCCUGACUGGGAAGGUGUUGUGGGGCAACCACCAACUGCCGAUCAAUUUAUAUCAGCCUUAACUCAAAAAGAUGUCAUGAUAUAUUGUGGUCAUGGCAGUGGCAGUAAAUACUUACACGGCGAUCACUUACAAAACUUAAACUGUCAUGCUGCUGCUAUAUUAAUGGGAUGCAGCAGUGGCCAUAUGGAAGCAAAAGGUGUCCUUGAUGAAUGUGGAAUGAUUACAAACUACUAUUUGGCAUUUUGCCCCAUGAUUGUAGCAAACCUUUGGGAUGUCACUGAUAAAGAUAUUGACCGCUUUCUACAGGCAAUGCUGAAGAGUUGGAUCUCUGUUGGGAAUCGCAAUGAGAAAAAGGACUGUGUAACGUUGACAAAAGCAGUAAUGAAAGCCAGAGACGCCUGCAGACUUACCUACCUCAUCGGUUGUGCUCCAGUGGUUUAUGGGUUGCCUUUAUGAAAACAUAUUUUACAGAUUAGCAUUAAUUGUUAGCAAAGCCAAAUGUUGUAACAUAAAUCAGGGAUUUCUUUUAUAAGCAUCUUAAAUUUAUUUCUUGGGUUUUCUAGAAAAAAAAAUUCCCAAGUCAAGCAUAUAAUAUGUAAUUUUUAUUGAAAGAUAGAUAUGAAUUGAUUUUGAAAAAGAAGACAUCUUAAAACUGCAUAUAAGCUUCCCUUCAUUAAAUUAAGAAUAAUGACAGUUAAUUAAGUGUCUGAGAGCAUCAUUCUUAUUUAAUCAAAAUUAAAAGAAUCUCAACAGAUUUUUUAACAGGAAUUUUCACAUCUCUGCCCUACUAUGGAAUAGUUUCAGUAUUAUUAUUUUAGUAUUUGUAAUAUCAUUUUGUAAUAAUCUAGGAAGUUUAGAGUGAAAAUUUUAUAUAUUAGAAUCUUUUCUUUCUUGUAAAACAAAAACAAAAAACAAAUAGUGAAAUAAUAUCUUUGGAUCUUUCGUAUUUUGUGAUGAUAUAAGUAUUGAAAUUUAUUAUCUUUUUUCAACAAAUCAAAAUUAUAAAUUUUUUUUUUUUCAUUAUUUUAGAUAUGCAUUAGAAUUUCAGGCAUUUUAAAAUUAGAACCAGUUAUUUCAAGAUUAAAAACAGCAAGUUACUAUGGUAUUUGUAAUUGUGAGUGAACAGAUUUUAGUUCAAAAUGAGAACUUGCCACUUCAAAGUGAGAUUAAUGAUUUCAAAUGAGUCUUUAUCACAUCAAAGUGAGAAUGGUGAUUUCAAAGUGAGCAUAACACAUACAGAGUUAUUAAAUAGAAAUAUAUCAAAAUAUUAUUUGUAAUAUCAGCAAUAUAAACUUGCCUGGUUGACUAUAAGUUUAAAUCUGCCUAGCAAUGAGGCAAAAAACUCAUAUGAUGGUAAUACCUUCAAGUUUUCUUGAGGGGUGAGAACAAUAACAACAUCCAAUGCUAAUUUUCUAAGAAUAUUGCUUCAGUGGAUGGCUUUUGUAACAUUUAUAGGAUUGUUCAAUAUUUCUUCAUGCCUGGGAGAAAAAGUACUGUUAUUAGUGCAUAUUUUACACAUGAGAAACAUUCCUCUGUUGGAUUAAGCACAGGUCAAUACACCAGCAGACAUUUCUUACAAAUAUAUUGAACAUAAAUGUUGAACCCAUGGUAGAACAGUUGUAUUAUUGGAAAUAUAUUCCUGACCUUGAAAAUGUUCAGCCACAUGGUGAAGAAAGUUUUCAUACUUAGCCAUUUGUGAGCUUGAAAUUCUGUGAAUACCAGUCUCUCUUUACUUGACAUGACAGCAAUUAUAUUGAUAUUUUUGUCUCCUUGUCCAGAGAUAGUUCUGUGGGCUGGGCCCUUAAGAUCAGUGGUGGUAGUGUGAAGGUUAAAGCUACAUCAUUCAGCUACAAAAAUAAGUGAUUUAUUAAGAAGGAAAAACACUUGACAAAUUCAUGUCUGUCAAUGAUAAAUAACAUUAUGUUGAAUUCUGUUGCCAAGUACUUGAACUAGCUUUUUCUUACCUGUAAGCCUUCUAUGGUUUUUCCCAUUCAACCAGUGAUUUAUGACGCAAAUCUCAUCUCAUGUCUUUAUUUUCAGCAGAUGAUCAAUGAUUUAUUUUUUAUUGCCUCAUCAUCCACCUUAAUUUUGCAUCUACUGCUUUUGGGUAGCACCUCUUGUUUUUAGUCUUUAUUUAGUCUAAAAUUGUUCUGUUAGCAGUCUUUAAAUUAAUGUCUAUAAAUUGAGCAAGGUCCUUGAGGUUUAACCCUCAAUAAUAACAAUCUAUUAAGUUGACUGUGAGCAGUACUGUAUGCUGGUGUUCCCUUUGUUUCAUAUUCCCUUGGUGGCUCUUCUUGAGACAUUGAAAAAAACAAAAACGAAACAGAAAACAACUUUAGAAUAUAAGUAGUUUGUGUAAAUCUGAGUUCUUCUUGUACUCACAUAGGAUUAUAAAUACUGCUUUAUUAAGAAAUUCAGAUACUUUUUUGAUAAUGUAACUGAGGGAAUUGGUAAGAUGCCUCUAUUACAAUAUCAUUAUCAUCAUUCUAAUGUCUGUUAAAAUGGUGAUGAUGUUGAUAAUAUUGUGUAUGUGUAAAAAGUAUGUAUCUUCAUAUAUCUGUUGAAGAUUAAAUACCUCACAAUUGAGCAAGUGUUUCAGUACAUUGGUAUUUUUUUCUGAAACUUGUACAGUUAGUUGUAAGGUAUUUAAUCUUCAAUAUAUAAAUAUAUACUCUACAUUAUUAUGCAUUCAGUCUUAUUUUGUUUUUAAUUAUAGUCUUCUUGAAAUUCUUUGGUGGACUGUAAAUAAAUUAUUUUUG